AUGGCGACCUUCAAACCUUAUCCAUUCGUUCUCGGGUUCCUCGUUAUCUACCUGUUCGCCAGCCCCGCCUUGGCCUUUGGUGCCGGUAACAUUGCUGGUAUCUCCAAGAUCGAGGGCCAAAACUGGCGCCACGGUGAUAUUGAAGAUGCCCUCCUCAAAAUCGUCAUGGCCCGCGCCAUGGGCGGCAAGACUUUCGACAAGCUCUCCGUUUCUCGCGUCUACUUUGGCAACUGGCUCCGCGACUAUUCACAAGCCAUCGAUGUCGGCACCGUCAAGGCUGUUUCCGCCGAAGCCAUCCGACUGCUUCUCUGCGUUCUCGGUUUCUUGACCUUCGGUUAUGGUAGCCGCGAGUUCGAAGUCACCGCCGACCGCCUGGGCUGCUAUCGCCCCGAGGAUCAUAUCGACAACCCCAAGAACUAUGCCGACAACGUAGAUGCUCGCGACUACGAUCCCCGCCUUCGCGGCCCCGUCGACGAGGAAACUGAGCUGGCCAUUGACCCCGAGACCGGCAUGAAGAACUACAUUGCCAAUGAGAACAUUGGCAUCAUGUCCUCUGCCGAGCAUGUUCGCAAGCUCUUCUCCAAGUGCAUUCGCCUGGGUCGCUCAUACAAGGAGACCAACGACAAGACCGAGCUCUAUGAAGCCUUGCGCCUUAUGGGUACUGGAUUGCAUUGCUUGGAGGAUUACCUCGCUCACAGUAACUACACCGAGCUCGCUCUGAUUGAGAUGGGCGAGCGCGAUGUGUUCCCUCACGUCGGCCGCGACACUAAGCUGCGCAUCCCGGGCGCUCGCCACUCUGUUUACCCUGUUGUCACCGGUACUUUCGGUGGUGUUGAUUUUUUGCACUCCGUGACCGGUGAACUGUCCGACAAGGUGACCCAGAGCGAAAUCGAAGAUCUCGAGGGAACCCUGAAGGCCGGCCGCAACGGCGACACCAGCCUUCUUCGUGACCUGUUGGACAUGAUCCCCGAUGGCUUGAUCGGCGGCGACAAGAAGAACAAGAUUGACGAAAUCCAGGAAAAUGCCGCCAAUUCGCAGCUUGAGAACAUGAGCGUGUCCCCCAGAGAGCCUGAGGAGUUCACUGUUUAUGUCCAGCAGGUCUACCGCCAGGUUAUGCCUGUCAUCGAGUUCCACGACGAUCUCCUCCAGACCAUCUCGAAGGCUAUUGAGAAGAUCCCCGUCCUCCCCAAGAUCAUUGAGCAGCUUGAGGAGCAGCUUUCUCUUUUCGUUUUCCAGAUCAUUGCUCCGGUUAUCAUUCCUCUUAUUGACCAGGUCAAGAAUGAGCUUGCCACUGGCUCCACCGAGAUUAUCAACAGCAGCAAGAACGAGCAACUCGUUGUAUUCGAUGAUGACAGCUGCACGGACCCUACCCACUCCAUGUUGGCCAAGGACCAUUUCUCCAACAUCCUCAACGAGAUUGCCGGUCGCACCGCCUCCAAGGUAGUCGGCUGGGUUGUGCCUCAGCUGAUGGACGCCUGGGACGACGAUGGCGCUGAUGUCGACCGACUUCUGAACAGAAUCAUAUACGGCAUUCUCCAUCACCCCGCCCAGCGUGACAUGGGCGAGGAUGGUGCCCGGGAAGGUCGCCAGAUGAUGUUCUCCUCCGUCGAGGAGUGGUGGAAUGACCUGGGCGAGGACGCUCGCGAGGAGUACCGCCAGAAGCUCAGCCGCGAUGGCGUGUUGAACGGCGAGAAUCACAAGGAAGGCGUCCAGGACUGCGGUCACGGCUGCGGCAAGCCUCUGGGCAUGCACAAGAACUUCAAGAACGAAGCGCCUGAGACCAUGGAGGAUCGGAUCGCCGCUGCCGCCGCCGACAAAAUUAUGGGCGGCGUCAAGCAGGGCUUCUCAGAGUUCCUUAGCGGCCAGGCCAACAACAACCAGGGCAAUCUCCUCGGCGCGGUCGCCGGCGGCAUCCUAGGCGGUGGUUUCAAUAACGAGGCGACCAGCGCUUAUCGUUCCAGCGGCUACACGCCCGAUGGCGGAUACUCGGAGACCACGACCGAGUACGGUUACGAUGGCAACCGCUACGGCCAAGCCGAGUACACCGAGACGCGGUACGAUGACGGUAGCCAGCGCCAGGAGUAUCGUCGCUAUGAGCAGGACGACAAUGGCGGCAACGACUACGGCUAUGAGGACCGCCGAUACCGCCGUGACGAUGACGAGUACCGCGAGGAGCGCAGGUACCGUCGCGAUGACGAGGAGGAGUAUGGUGGCGGAGGCGGAUACUCCCGCCGCCACGAGGACGAGGAUCUGGCGUACCCCGAUCCGGAGCGUCCCUCGAGCCCCAGUCUCCUGGAUAGGAUUGCCCAGCGGGCUAAGGACGCGUUCGAGGAGAGGAGGAGGGAGUACGAGAGCGGAGAGCGUGAGCGUCGUUGGCCAUUCUAG